UUCAAUUAUCAGCACAAUCCUACAUCUUCUAUUAUAAAAAAACAACACAUUACAUCUUCUAUUAUCAAGAACGGCAACAACGAAAUGACUUUAACACUUCAAUUAUCAACUUCCUUCAUCAAUUUAAAAGAAACCAAAAGUGUUAAAACAGCUGAUGAUUUCUUAGGCAUGGUUUCUUUUGCACAAAGUACCAAGCCUUCUUGCCGGCUCAUAGCGAAGAGUUCGAUGCAAGAAGCUCAACUCUCCCAUGAAAAUAUCAUGGUUAAUCCCAUGGAAGUGAAGAAAAAUGAGAAAAGAGAGAAGCUACAUGAAUUAACAACUACUCACAGCAAUAGCAGUACAAAGGUACCUGUUUUUGUGAUGCUGCCACUUGACACCAUGACAAUGGGAGGGAAGUUGAACAAGCCACGAGCGAUGAAUGCGAGUUUGAUGGCCUUGAAAAGUAGUGGAGCUGAAGGGGUAAUGGUGGAUGCUUGGUGGGGAUUGGUGGAGAAAGAUGGACCCUUGAAGUAUAACUGGGAAGGAUAUGCUGAACUAGUCAAGAUGUGUCAAGAACGUGGGUUGAAGCUUCAAGUUGUCAUGUCUUUUCAUCAGUGUGGAGGAAAUGUUGGAGACUCUUGCAGUAUUCCCCUACCUCCAUGGGUACUUGAAGAAAUCAGCAAGAAUCCUGACCUUGUCUACACAGAUAGAUCAGGCCGGAGAAAUCCCGAGUAUAUUACCCUAGGUUGUGAUCAGUUACCAGUACUCAGAGGAAGAACACCGAUUCAGGUGUAUACUGACUAUAUGAGGAGCUUCAGAGAAAGGUUCAACGAUUACUUGGGAAACGUCAUUGUGGAAAUUCAAGUGGGAUUGGGUCCUUGUGGGGAGCUUAGAUAUCCAUCCUAUCCAGAAAGCAAUGGUACAUGGAGAUUUCCUGGAAUUGGAGAAUUCCAGUGUUAUGACAAGUACAUGAUAGCUUCAUUGGAAGCAGCCGCCAAGGCAGCUGGAAAGGAUGACUGGGGCAAGGGAGGGCCUCAUGACUCUGGGCAGUACAACCAGUUUCCCGAGGAUACUGGAUUUUUUCGAAAUGAUGGAACAUGGAACAGUGAAUAUGGACAGUUCUUCCUAGAGUGGUAUUCAGGAAAGCUACUGGGCCAUGGUGACACAAUCCUAGCAGCAGGAGAAAGUAUAUACCAAGGUUCUGGGGCUAAACUAUCUGGCAAGGUAGCUGGGAUUCAUUGGCAUUACAAUACUAGAUCACAUGCUGCAGAGUUAACGGCUGGAUAUUAUAAUACAAGAAAAAGAGAUGGUUAUCUACUUAUAGCACGUAUGUUAGCGAAACAUCGUGUUAUACUUAACUUUACAUGUAUGGAAAUGAGGGAUGGUGAACAACCCCAGAGUGCAAACUGCUCACCAGAAGGCUUAGUUCGACAAGUAAAAAAAGCAACGAGAAUUGCUGAAGUAGAACUUGCUGGAGAAAAUGCUCUAGAGAGGUAUGAUGAGAAAGCCUAUUCUCAAGUUUUGGCAACAAGCAGGUCAGAUUCUGGAAAUGCAUUGAGUGCAUUUACAUUUUUGAGAAUGAACAAACGAUUGUUUGAGCCACAAAACUGGCGGAAUCUAGUGCAAUUCGUUAAGAACAUGUCAGAAGGAGGUCGAAAUGCUGGACUUCCAGAGCGUGACUCCAGCGAGACAGACCUUUAUAUCCAUGUAGGAUUUAUCAAAAAGAGUCAUUCUAAGAAAACCAAAGAGGUUGCAGUAGUGUAAAGAUAUGCAUCUGUAUACAUGUAAUAUAGUCAUCCCAUUGUAGGUUAGCGGAGAAGCACAAAGUAUUAGCGCCAUACUCAUAGAACCUAAAUGAUUCCACAAGAAUUCGAGCCUGUGUCUGAAGCUAAACUAAAGAAAACAAGAAAAAAGAAGCUAAGUAUGUCAAUAUUUGCCACCCUGGUUCAGAGGUUGUGAAGCUCUGGGUCAUUGGGAAGAGGAGACAGUAUCACUGUAUCAUACAACUAUUUGGAUGAGCAUAUUAUUUUUUUUGUAUUCUUCCUUCCACGUUUAUUAUUGAAAAAUAAAGGAGCUAAUAUUACUGCUUCCUACAAGCAUUUUCCUGUUAA